GCUGCGCAUUGCAAGCAUAGGUCGACUGAGUCGAUCCUCAUUCUGAAACCUGCUGCAUAGCCCUCAAGUCCGAACCAAUCAGCCAUGCGUCUCUCUCGUGUGUUAGUUGUAAUUGCGGCUACAUUCCUGGCUACCACCGACGCGCUCUCGACGAACACGGGUAUACACGCUGUUAAUGUGAUUUCGCACAACGGCCCAAGCCAGCGCCUUCUAAGAAGCGACUACACGACAGCUGAAGAGGACGAUGAUUCUGAAGCAAGAGCCUUGAAUCUGGAGAAGAUGAAAACCAUGUUGGACGCUGGGAUGAGUGUUGACGAUUACGCUUUUAAGCUCAAACUUACUGACAAGAUUGCAGCAGCGGCUAACUCUGCAAAGGAGAUGGCGAAGCUCGCCGAAACUCAUAAGUUCAAGAAGCUCCUGUUAUACCUCAACUAUGUGGCUGAACACACAUAGUAGAGUGAAGAACACUUCGACAUAGCAGUUUCACUGUCGAAUCUAACAGAAGAAGCUCUAUCUGGAUACGAACUACUACGCAUUCUGAAGUGGUCACAACAAUAACAAAAAAAACUAAACAUUGGCCUAGUACAUUUUCCAC